AUGAAUACUACCAUCGACUAUGACUAUGACUUUGACUUCGACAAUUUUCCCUGUAAAAGUGCUUUGCCUGAGAAGGCCAGGAACUCUAUUAAAACCAUAUCACUGAUAUUGUACUGCCUGACCUGCGUUCUCGGACUCCCUGGCAAUACCCUUGUUGUGUGGAUUGCUGGUGUGAAGAUGAAAAGAACUGUGAACACUGUCUGGUUCCUGAAUUUGGCCAUUGCCGACCUCCUGUGCUGCCUUUCUAUACCUUUUAUCAUUUCGGAAAUCCUAUUGGAAUACCACUGGCCUUAUGGAGACAUCAUGUGCAAACUCCUGCCCACAGUAAUUGUCCUCAACAUGUUCGCUAGCGUCUUCACUUUGAACCUCAUAAGCGUGGACCGUUUUGUUCAGGUGGUUAAACCCGUUUGGGCUCAGAAUAAUCGGAAGCUUGGACUAGCCUGGGUAUGCUGUGCUGUGGUGUGGAGCUUAGCUGUAUUCCUAAGCCUGCCUACUGUAAUCCUGAGAGAGACUCUUACUGUUGAUGAUUUUACCAUCUGCACAUUCAGUCAUGGAAAUUUGACUGAAGAAGGGUGUGGCUUUGACAAAGGCGACUCUUACAGGGCGCUAAUAAUGACCCGGUUAGUUUUCGGCUUUCUGAUACCGUUCCUGUGUAUUGUCUGUUGCUACGCCCUUAUUGCCUGGAAGGUUAGCAGCAGCCAGUUCCGUACAGGAAGGGCUUUCCGCAUCAUGAUAGCUGUCGUGGUGGCGUUCUUUCUCUCAUGGCUGCCCUACCACGUGGUUGGUUUGGUCAACAUUUAUGGUAAAGAAUGGGAAUCUAGUUUUGCCCAAGAAGUGGACCCUUUGGCGAUCUCUUUGGCGUACGUUAACAGCUGCAUGAACCCCAUACUGUAUGUGUUUAUGGGGCACGACUUUAAAGACAAAGUCAAACUGUCUCUGAGACGGGUGUUUGAGAGGGCGUUUAGUGAAAAUGGUACACACUCAUCAGUGAACUCCAGAGGAGGAACAUCUCGCUGCACCAACUCCUCAGAUACCCAACUGUAACCGGAUACAAAUACAGAGGAUCAUUUUCAGUCUUUAAUACAAUUUUAAAGCUUUUAUAAAGUUCCAUUAAAA